ACUUAUCAAAUGAAUGGAAUGUCGAAGUGAAAUACUAUGUAUUUAUUGUAAUGAAAUUCUUAUUCAGUUGAUAAAUGAAAAUUAAGCAUAUUUUACAAUAUAUCGUGUAAGGAUGUUGCUGUCUGAUUUUUUCUUACUGUCAUGGCGUGUUCUUCUGUCUGCUACCUAGUUCAGAGUGAUCAUGAGUGUAAGUUGGGCUAUAACGGAUAAACGCUAUGAACGUCAGCCAUGGAAGCGCGAAAACUUUGAUGGAUACUUUACUGAUAUACGGCGUGCAGCGCGAAAAUCGUUACCAAGGCGACCAAACAAAGAUUUAUGCGGGUUACUAGGGUUACCUCUACCUUCGCAGAGAUCUUUAUCUCCAUCGGAUGGUAUCCAACGACAAAAUAUUGCAGAUAAAUUAAAAAAUGCACCAGUUGCAUUGAAACCAAUUACUCUACAAGAAGUUGAAACACAGGAGGUGGUUGAGCAGCAAGGCGUUGGUGGUGGUUCUAGCAAACUUAAAUCCAUACUUUUGUGUAACACAUCAAGAACCGAAAACUGCAGUCAAAGGGAGAAAACCGUAAUUGGAUUCAGCGUUUACUUUGCGCUCAUCAUCUUCGUGUUGUUGAUUAUUGUUCUAGUUCUUUCAACAACACUAUCAAGAUCAAAUGAAAAUAAUAAUUCCAGCAGUGAAGUUGUACGAACAAUAACAUCAACAACACAAACAGUUACGACUCAUGGCUCUACACCUGGAUCAAAUUUUCUAACAUCAAGACCAAGGAUUAAAACUUCUGUUGAUAAUAUAUCAACUCAAUCAACAUCAAAAACAUCAUCUGCAUCAUCUAGAACAUCAAAACAAUCACCAGAUCUUACUAUUUCAAAAAGUGUUACCUCGGCAACGAAGCGUACAUCAGAAACAACAGGAACAAAUAAAGUAACAACGUUUAAAGCAACUGUUGUGUCUUCAGAAAAUGAAACACAACCAUAUGCAACAACUACGGCAUCUCUGUUAUCAACGACAAAGUCAUCUACUCCAAGGUCAUCAAGUAAAUCUUCUUUGUCAGACAGUACACACCAAAUAACAAAAAGUUCCAUUUUCUCGAAAUUAUCUUCUACGGGGAUCUCAACUAGAUCAAAGUCUUCAAUUGUAUCAUCUGUGUCAGGCAGUACACAGAUAACAAAAAGUACGUUACUCUCGACAUUGUCUACUUCCGUGUCUUCAAGCGGAUCGAAGUCCUCAGUUGGACCGUCAGUGUCAGGCAGUACGCAUGACAUAACAAAAGAUACAGUUUUCUCGACCUUGUUUACUUCGGGGUCAUCAACUGGAUUUAAGUCCUCAACAGGAUCGUCUGUGUCAGGCAGUAAGCAUGCAAUUACAAAUAAUACACUUUUCUCGUCAUUAUCUACAGUGUCUUUUAUAAGUAACUCAACCAAACAUGGGACAAACAGUGGAGUGAACAAAAUUUCAGACCCGACCUUGUCGCCAACUACUUCUAAGGUCACAGUUGACCCGGUGACCUCUCAGGAUACGGUUAGCACGGAAACAUUGUCGCCAACCACGUCUCAGGUUACGGUUAUCCCGACUUUGUUUGCAAAUUUAACACAAUGCACAUCAAACGUUUGUUUAGCUGCAAGUAAAACAUUAGAAAGGGUAGACUUUGGAUGGAAUCCGUGCGAAAAAUUUUACAAGUUUGCGUGUGGCAAUUGGAUAAGAAAACAAAAAUCCAAGGAACAUAAGGGCGAGCAAAAUGUUCCGGAAUCAUUACAAGCAGAACUAAGACAUGAUCUUCUUUUGAAUAUAAAAGAUUUAUUGCAGCGUCCUUACAGAGAUGAUGAAAGUUUCUCAGCCAAGCUUUCGAGGCGGCUUUAUCAGUCAUGCCUAGAAUCUAAUAGCCAAAUUGAUUUGGAAAGUGAUGAGAUUCAAGAACUCCACAACUUUGUAGAUUCGCUGGGUAUGAAUGAUAAUGCAGACAUACCUAGCACUGUUGAGGAGGUGUUACGUGAUGCUGUGACAAUGUUUGAAGUCUCAACUUUCUUUAAAAUAUCAACAACCCCAGCAUUUAAUGAAAAUGGAGACUACGUUACUGCCUUGAAGCUGGAACCAACGUCAGAGUAUGUUCAGUUAAAGAUGUAUAGCAAUACUGUGAUCAAAGGAGAGGAAUCAUACAUAUAUGUAGACAGGUUAACAACACUUCUGCAGUCAUACAUUACCACAAUGGGAUCAAGACGAAAACGUCAAGCAUCUGGAGAAAAAUCUUCCAACACAGCAAUAGACUACGAAGACUUAUUCGAAAAGGUUCUUCGGAUUUAUUAUAUUGAGUCGAAUAUCUCCACGAUUUUAGAAAAUACCAAAACAACAAUAGAUCUGCAGUACAUAACGUUUCAAUAUACUUACGCUAACCUGAAGACAGAAUAUCCUUCAUUCAUGUGGGACGCUGCUAUUGGAACACUACGAGAUGACAUUCCUGUUCAAAUAAUAAACGCGGACUACUUUCACCAACUGGACUCACUUUGGAAAGAUUUAAAUGAAGAUGACCUUAAACUGUUUGUAUUCAUGAGCGUACUCACUAAACGGGUAUUACCAUAUGUAAGACAACCUUUUAGGAAUGUGCUUAGCAACGUCGGGAACGGCGGUAACCAGACUUAUACAGAAAUAGACUGUGUUGAAUUGUCACUAAACAUUGCGCGUGAAGAGAUCCACGCGCUUUAUAUAGGCCAAUAUACUCAAGAAGUUCUAGCAAAUCGGUUGAAACUUACUGAUAUAAAGAAUAAAAUUAAUGGUGCUUUUCAAAAGCUUUUAUCCUCAUCUACAUGGGUUAAACAGGGUUUUAAACAUAGCCGGCUCGACAAUGGCGAAAAAAUAUGA